AUGGCGGGUCGAUUCAUUGGAUCUUCGGCUGCUUCGAUCUCCAUGAUCGUCACCAAUACACCUUCCCAAGAACUCGCCCUAACUAACCUCGCCUACAUCUCCGCCUCCGAUCUUCCAAAAUUCGCCGUUCCCGGUCACAGCAACCUCUACCUCGCUUCCAUCGGCGAUGUCUUCGUUUUCUCUCUCUCAGCUCAUGAAAGCAUACGCGGUGGUCACAUUGCUUUGAAUUCCAUUCAACGUCGAUGUGCAAAAGUUUCUGCAGCUGAAUCCAUAGAUGUGACCCGAUUCGUUCCACCUGAAAACUUCAACCUGGCCGUGCUAACAGUUGAAUUGGACUUCAUUAAAAGGGUUGGAAACAGGAAUGAACAGAUUGAUGCUAUUGUACUAGCCAAGCAACUUCGGAGAAGACUUAAUAACCAGGUAAUGACAGCAGGGCAGAAAGUGUUAUUUGAGUUUCAAGGAAAUAAUUAUAGCUUUACAGUCCGUGAAGCUACCGUUGAGGGCCAGGGAAAGUCUAACUCUAUUGAAAGAGGGAUAAUUUUAGAUGACACAUUCUUUGUUUUUGAUGCGCCACGUGAUAGUGGAAUUAAGAUUAUCAAUCAGCGCGAAGGUACUACUAGCAACAUUUUUAAGCAGAAAGAGUUUAACCUCGAGUCUCUGGGUAUCGGUGGCCUGGGUGCUGAGUUUGCAGAUAUAUUUCGAAGAGCUUUUGCAUCUCGUGUUUUCCCUCCCCAUGUGACAUCUAAAUUAGGGAUCAAGCAUGUGAAGGGCAUGCUGCUUUAUGGUCCUCCUGGAACUGGAAAGACUCUUAUGGCACGUCAAAUUGGAAAAAUUUUGAAUGGCAAGGAUCCAAAGAUUGUAAAUGGCCCAGAAGUUUUGAGCAAAUUUGUGGGUGAAACUGAAAAGAAUGUAAGAGACCUUUUUGCUGAUGCUGAACAGGAUCAGAGGAACCUAGGGGACGAAAGUGAUUUGCAUGUUAUUAUAUUUGAUGAAAUUGAUGCUAUUUGUAAGUCCAGAGGCUCAACUCGAGAUGGUACAGGGGUUCAUGAUAGCAUUGUGAACCAGCUUCUUACUAAGAUAGAUGGUGUAGAAUCACUAAACAAUGUUUUGCUUAUUGGAAUGACAAAUAGAAAGGACAUGCUUGAUGAAGCACUCUUAAGACCAGGGCGGUUGGAAGUCCAAGUAGAGAUAAGUCUCCCGGAUGAAAAUGGUCGAUUGCAAAUUCUUCAAAUUCAUACUAACAAGAUGAAAGAGAAUUCUUUUCUAGCUCCUGAUGUGAAUCUUCAAGAGCUUGCUGCUCGAACUAAAAACUACAGUGGUGCAGAACUUGAAGGUGUUGUGAAAAGUGCUGUUUCAUAUGCUUUAAAUAGACAAUUGAGUCUUGAAGAUCUCACUAAGCCAGUUGAGGAGGAAAACAUUAAGGUUACGAUGGAGGACUUUUUGAAUGCACUUCAUGAAGUUAUUCCUGCAUUUGGAGCUUCCACUGAUGAUCUUGAGCGAUGCAGACUCCAUGGCAUGGUGGAGUGUGGUGAUCGACAUAAGCACAUUUAUCAGAGAGCAAUGCUAGUUGCGGAGCAAGUUAAAGUGAGUAAAGGAAGCCCCCUUGUUACUUGUCUUCUGGAAGGUUAUCGUGGCAGUGGUAAGACCGCACUUGCAGCUACUAUAGGUAUCGAUAGUGACUUCGCAUAUGUCAAGAUAAUUUCAGCUGAAACAAUGAUUGGUCUACACGAGAGCUCUAAAUGUGCUCAGAUUAUUAAGGUUUUUGAGGAUGCAUACAAGUCACCUUUGAGUGUCAUUGUUCUUGAUGACAUUGAGAGAUUAUUGGAGUAUGUUCCUAUUGGUCCUCGUUUCUCAAACCUUAUUUCUCAGACACUACUGGUUUUGCUCAAGAAACUUCCCCCAAAGGGGAAAAAACUCAUGGUAAUUGGAACAACUAGUGAAGUAGAUUUCUUGGACUCUAUUGGUUUUUGUAAUAACUUCUCGAUAACUUACAAUGUUCCUACAUUGAGCAGAAAUGAUGCGAAGAAGGUCCUUGAACAGUUGAAUGUUUUUGCUGAUGAAGAUAUUGAUUCUGCCGCAGAUGCAUUGGAUCAUAUGCCCAUCAAGAAGCUAUACAUGUUGAUUGAGAUGGCAGCACAAGGUGCACAAGGUGGAUCAGCAGAAGCUAUCUAUGCCGGCCAAGAGAAAAUUAAUAUAUCUCAUUUCUUCGAUUGCCUUGGAGAUGUUGUCAGAGUAGUAUAA